AUGGGAAGGGGUAAGAUUGAGAUCAAAAGGAUUGAGAACUCAAGCAACAGGCAAGUUACCUACUCAAAGAGGAAGAAUGGGAUCCUAAAGAAGGCAAAGGAAAUUAGUGUUCUAUGUGAUGCUCAAGUUUCCCUUAUCAUUUUUGGUGCCUCUGGAAAGAUGCAUGAAUACAUCAGUCCCUCCACCACGUUGAUUGACGUCCUAGACAGAUACCAAAGAGCCUCUGGGAAGACACUCUGGGACGCUAAGCAUGAGAACCUGAGCAAUGAAAUUGAUAGGCUCAAAAAAGAGAAUGACAGCAUGCAAAUUGAGUUGAGGCACUUAAAGGGGGAGGACAUUACCUCACUGAAUUACAAGGAGCUUAUGGCUCUAGAGGAAGCCCUUGAUAAUGGCCUCAACGGUGUUCGUGAUAAAAAGACGGAAGUGCACAGGAUGUUCAAGAGAAAUGGCAAGAUUUUGGAGGAGCAAAAUAAGGAACUCAAUUUCCUUCUGCAACAGCAUUUGGCAUUAGAAGGUGUAGGAAACAUGCAUGGACAAUGGAUUUGA